UUACACUUGUGUUUCAAAUCUACCACCGUUCACAGCGGGCACAUCCGAGCAGAGGGUCCAAAGCCGGCAGCUCUUCCCUGCCCGUGAGACCCCCGCCCGGCCGGGACGGAGACGCGUUGGUUGAGUGGAGCAGAAGAGCCGCUGCGCUUUGGCAGCAGCCGCUGCACCGUCACAGCUGGAGGAUGAACGAGCUGACAUGUCGUCCUUCAUGUCUCCGACCCGCAGGAAGGACGAGGACCCAACAAUGCAUCUGUGUGGUGGGCUUCCUGGACUUGUUUGGGGUGAGCAUGAUCAUCCCGCUGCUGAGCCACCACGUGAAGGCUCUUGGAGCCAGUCCCACUGUGGCCGGUAUAGUAGUGUCUACAUAUGGGAUCUUACAGUUCUUCUCAAGCACAAUAGUUGGCAGCUGGAGUGACGUGGUGGGACGGAGGUACUCUCUGCUCACCUGUCUGCUGCUGAGUGCUCUCGGCUAUGGCCUGCUGGGGAUGUCCACCAGCAUCCCUUUGUUUGUCCUCGCACGGAUACCUGUGGGACUGUUCAAGCACUCCCUGUCAAUCUGCAGAGCACUGCUCUCUGACCUGGUGUCUGAGUCAGAGCGCCCUCUGGUGAUGGGACACUUUAAUGCAGCCUCCAGUGUCGGCUUCAUCCUGGGACCUGUGGUGGGUGGCUACCUCACUGAGCAUGAAGGGGGCUUUUAUACCUCCUCCUUCACCUGUGCAGCCAUCUUCCUCAUGAAUGCAGGACUGGUUUGGAUGCUGCCGUGGAACGAGACCCUGGUUCACCGUAACACAAACUCCAGCAAUGAUUUGAGUAAACGUUGUCAUGACGACCACUGUUGGAAAUCUGUGCAGAAUGGUUCUCAUGCAAAAGGACACCACACGCUGCCGGCAGGAGACGCUCAACCAGACUCCACAGCUCCAGGGAAGCACCAAGGUGGUCUCCGGUGGAGCGAGGUGUCUCUGCUGCAGCCUGUUUGGAGACAGCUGUCGUUAGUGGGCUCCAGGAUAAAAAUGGUCGCCUCCUCUGACAUGUGGGACCUCUUUCUGGUGCGUCUUCUGAUGGGCAUAGCUAUCAUGCUUUACUACAGUAACUUCUCUCUGGCCAUGGAGGAGCGUUUCUCGCUCAAACCAAAGAUGACAGGUUAUCUGAUCAGCUACAGCAGCACCUUGGGGGCCUUGGCCGGGUUCCUGGUGGGGCCCGUCACUCAGCUCUACAGGAACAACAUGGCUGCUCUGCUGCUUCACUCCACGGUGCUCACCUGCUCACUUAUCUUCCUCUAUGCUGCCGCGCCCAACGUUUGGCAGGUGGUUCUCUCCUCCACCUUCUUCGCCAUUUCCACCAGCAUUGGACGGACGUGCAUCACAGACCUAGAGCUGCAGAGGGGAGGGGUCCAGGCCAGUGGGACUCUGAUUGGUGCCGGGCAGUCGGUUACAGCUGUCGGUCGCGUCUUGGCUCCCCUUCUUUCGGGUCUCGCUCAGGAGUUCAGCCCCUGUGGUCCCCCGAGUCUCGGAGUGGUCCUGGCUCUUGCAGCUGUAGGUUUACUGCUCAUCAGGAUCCCAAAGUGGGACGGGAGAGGAAUGACCAAAACAGCCAAACUCGGAAAAUCUGAGUAACUUAAAACAUUUAAAAGGCACAUUCACCAGCCAAAGAAGUGCACUUACUAGUGAGAGGCCAGUUGUGAAGGACUAGUAGUGGGAUCCAUGUGUCCCACUCAAGCAUGUUUCUUGAUAGUUUGGCCUUUUGCAGACAGAUUUCUGAGUCAAAAUGGUUUGUCACCACCAGCAGUGCUGUCCUACUUUUUGGGAGAAAGGAUUCAUAACACAUAUAUGGCCUUUGAUUUCUACUGUAUGUUUGUAACCACUACUUUGUCCAAAAUCCCUAAAGUGUUAAGGUCUGCUGAUGAAACACCAAACACCUAAAGAACUUUUACUGUUUAACCAAAUUAUACACACUCGAAAAUAUAAAUUCCCUAGACACCCUCAUUUUUCCCCCCAUCAAGAUCUUUUUUUUUUCUGAGAAAUCAACCAAAAUAUUGAAAAACACACAUUUUAAAGAAAGUGAAAAAAAUACCUGGAUCUUUCUUGACACAUUUUGCAUCCUUCCACCAAGUUAAGUGGCAAUCCGUCCAGUGAUCCUGCUGACAAACAAACAAACAGAUGAAAACACAACCUCCUUGUUGGAGGUUGAUAAAUUGAUAUAUCACUUUGUUGUACUUAAGGAGUCCCCAAGUUGGUUUUACACAUUUUUACCUCAAUGUUUCUUCUAAUGCACUGCAACUUAAAUGGUUCCCACGGUGGUAUAUGAGCAAAUGUGUGCUCUAGUCUUUGACUGUUAAAUUUCACAGUUACAAAGAUUUGUUACUUUAUUGUAAAAUACGUUCAAAUGGACCUAUAAAGAACUAAGCUCAGUUUUCCAGGCACCAGUUUUCUUUAAAAAUCGAAUUACUGUUUAAAAAGAAGAAAAUGGUGUAAGCUCAUGUUAUAGACAAUAAAUCUUGUAUGAAAUGUCACAAUGAAUAA